GCCCCGCUCAUGUGGUCCUCCUCGACGGUCACUGUUCACGAGAACAGAAACAACCCUGAUAUGGCGGCCGUUCCUGCCUAGUACUCGUCCAGUCUACGGUCAUACCUGCCUUGUCCCCGGCCAUACCACGGAGAAAGCCAUGGGAGACCAGCAGAAAGCCGCCCUCGAAGCUCUUGCAGGCAUAUCCUAUGUGCCGCACCGCGCGCGCGAAGGCAAGCGGUCUGUGUGCGCGGAGGGCCGCCUGACUCCGUCCUCGCGCCGUAUAAAGCUCGGGGGUGAGCGCGGAGAGGGAAGCGAGCAAGGUCGGGCUUUCGACGACAAAGCCGUCCUGUGUGCGACGAUGGCUCUCCUCAUAACCUCUUUUGCGCUGUCGAUCGCCGCGGGGAGUCGUGCGCAGGGCUUUCCGGACUGCGUUAAUGGCCCGCUUGCGUCGAAUGCUGUGUGCGAUACUAGUCUCGGGCAUGUCGAGCGGGCGCGUGCGCUGGUUGAAGAGCUCACGGUCGCUGAGAUGAUCAACAAUACCGUGCAUACUGCACCUGGUGUACCCCGACUUGGUUUGCCACCGUACAACUGGUGGAAUGAGGCAUUGCACGGUGUCGCCGCCAGCCCUGGUGUCGUCUUCACCUCACCCGGCGAAGAGUUCAGCUCUGCCACAUCCUUCCCGAUGCCCAUCAACAUGGGCUCCGCCUUCGACGACGCUCUCAUGCUCGCAGUCGGCAACGUCACCAGCACCGAAGCGCGCGCCUUCAACAACGCCGGCCUCGCCGGCCUCGACUACUGGACGCCCAACAUCAACCCCUUCAAGGACCCGCGCUGGGGCCGCGGCGCGGAGACGCCCGGCGAGGACCCCUUGCACGCCGCGCGCUACGUCCGCACCCUCGUCGAGGGCCUCCAGGGUGGCAUCGACCCGCCCUCCCUAAAGGUCGCCGCCGACUGCAAGCACUGGGCCGCGUACGACCUCGAGGACUGGGGCGGCGUCGCGCGCUACGCAUUCGACGCGGUCGUCACCCCGCAGGACCUCGCGGAGUACUACUCCCCGCCGUUCAAGAGCUGCGUGCGCGACGCGCGCGCGGCGAGCGUGAUGUGCAGCUACAACGCGGUCAAUGGGGUCCCGGCGUGCGCGAGCCCGUACUUGCUGAAGACGGUGUUAAGGGACGCGUGGGGGCUGGCGGAGGACCGGUGGGUGACGUCGGACUGCGAUGCGGUGGGGAAUGUGUAUGACCCGCAUGGGUAUACGGAGGACUUUGUGAACGGGUCGGCGGUGUCGUUGAAGGCGGGGUCGGAUCUGGACUGCGGGACGACGUAUUCGCAAUACCUCCCGGAGGCGUACGACCGUGGGUUGAUUGAUGAAGACGACCUCAAGGCGGCAUUAACGCGUCUAUACGCAUCGCUUGUGUGGCUGGGCUACUUUGAUGCUCCCGAAGACCAGCCCUAUCGUCAGAUCUCAUGGGCGGACGUCAACACACCUGCGGCACAAGCCCUUGCCUACACGGCCGCCAUCGAGAGCUUUGUUCUCCUCAAGAACGACGGCACUCUUCCCCUCACCGACUCCUCCUUAUCCAUCGCACUUAUAGGCCCCAUGGCCAACGCGAGCGCGGUUCAACUACAGGGCAACUACAACGGCAUUCCGCCCUUCGCUAUCGCACCUCUGCAGGGCUUCCUCGACGCUGGCUUCAACGUCACAUACGUCUUGGGCACGAAUGUCACCGGGAACGACGCGGACGAUAUCGAUGGGGCUGUGGCUGCCGCAGAGGCGGCGGAUGUGGUCAUCUACGUCGGCGGCAUCGACAGCACGGUGGAGGAGGAAGCGAAGGACAGAACGGAGAUCUCGUGGCCGGAUAAUCAGCUCGCGUUGCUGAGCGCACUGGAGGAGGCCGGGAAGCCGCUCGUCGUCGUCCAGAUGGGCGGCGGGCAGCUGGAUGAUACGCCGUUGAAGGAGAGCGAUGCGGUCAACGCCAUCCUCUGGGCAGGCUAUCCCGGCCAGAGCGGCGGUACGGCAAUCGCGGACACCGUUAUGGGUAAGGUCGCGCCUGCGGGGCGACUGUCCAUCACCCAGUACCCCGCCAGCUACGUCGACGCGGUCGCCAUGACCGACAUGACCCUCCGCCCCGACAACUCCACCGGCAACCCCGGUCGCACGUACAAGUGGUACACCGGCACGCCCGUCUACCCCUACGGCUACGGCUUGCACUACACGAACUUCAGCGUCGCGUGGGCAAGUGACGCGCCUGAGGCGUGCUACAGCAUUCAGGACCUGACGAGCUCGGCGGAUGGCUUCGUUGACCUGGCGCCGCUGGAUACGUUCCGGGUGACAGUGACCAACGACGGCGACGUCGCAUCGGACUUCGUCGCGCUGCUCUUCGUGAGCACUCAGGCGGGGCCUGCGCCUGCGCCGAUGAAGGAGCUGGUCGCGUACGCGCGGGCGUCCGAUGUGCAGCCUGGCGACUCCACGGAUGUAGAUCUCGAGGUUACGCUGGGAGCGCUGGCUCGGUCGGAUGAGAGCGGGGACGCGUCCCUCUACCCUGGGGACUAUGAGCUUACGUUCGACUACGACGGCGCGCUGUCUCUGAGCUUCGAGCUGUGCGGCGACACUGAACUAAUCACCGAGUGGCCGGCCGACGUAUGAUCGAAUCUGAAG